AUGAAGGCACAGCAGGACAAUCAGAGUAUCAGGAAAGAUCAAACAGACUUUGAAUCAGUCGCCUCUACUGAACAACUGGAGUCACUAAGCUAUCACAAGUUUUCAAAGUAUAUCAAAUGGAUAUAUCAACUUGAUUCUCUUGGGAUUGAAACCAGAGGUAUUGAAAGGGUCUCGCCUGAGGAAAGGGAGGAAUUUGCUAAAUCAAAGUCUACAACAAUACAACUUCUUGAAGUGGUUGGGCUUUGGUGGGCUGCAUGUGGUGGCUUAACUUCAAUGUCGUCGUUUUUCUUGCCGACGCUAUUGUUUAGUUUGAACUUGAAGGAUUCCUUAGUUUGUGGUUUGAUUUCAAUGAAUAUUGGAUGCUUGGCUGCUGCAUAUUGCUCCACAAUGGGUCCCAAGUCUGGUUGUAGACAAAUGGUUACUGCACGGUUUAUUUUUGGCGAAUGGGGUGUUAUCGUUGUUGCCGUGAUUGCCAUUGUUGGUGGUAUUGGAUGGUCAGUAGUGAACUGUGUGUUGGGCGGUCAAAUCUUACUGGCCAUGAACCACUCUAUAAGCUUGAGUGUUGGUAUUGUUGUUGUUGCGAUAAUAAGUUUGGUUGUUGCAGUGUUUGGUAUCAAGUUUGUUUUGAGGUUUCAAACGUUAUUAUCAAUUCCCAUAUUUGUGAGCACGAUAUUUUUCUACGUUGAUGUAUGCAAAAAGAUUGGGUAUGUUGGUCAAGCCAACAGUAUGAUUGAUGAUUUGGGAAUUGAUAAGUUGACAUGGCAAGGUAAUUGGUUAUCUUUUUUCGCAAUUGGAUAUUCGGUGACUGCCACCUGGGGAAGUUGUGCAUCAGAUUAUUAUAUUCUUUUCCCUGAAAGCACUUCUUCGACAAGGGUGUUUUUCAUUACGUUUCUUGGAAUAGCUAUUCCAACUACACUUGUUGCUAUUCCAGCAACCAUUUGUGGGACGAUAGCAUAUUCCUAUGGACCUUGGCUGGAAGCUUACAAUCGAAACGGUGUUGGUGAAUUGAUUUUUGAGGCAUUUGACCAGUCCAAGGCGCUUACUUCACUAUUGUUUUUAUCGUUGAUUACAAACAAUAUUAUGAAUACGUAUUCUGUGGCAUUUGAGUUUCAAUUGAUUAACAAGUUUCUAGUGUUUGUCCCCAGGUGGGUUUGGGCAACACUUGUUUCUGUCAUUUAUAUCGUGUUAUCCCUUGUUGGUAAGGAGCAUUUCUCGACAAUCUUGAGUAAUUUCUUGCCGAUGUUGGGUUAUUGGAUUUCGAUGUAUAUUGCUUUGUUGCUUGAGGAAAAUUUAUUCUUUAGAUCAACGGUCACUGUUCGAAAGUUUCAUGAACGGGAGUUUGAGGUUGGCUCUAGUUCUGACUCUGAAUUUGGAGUAGGAGUGGAUGGUGAUUUUGGACAGAAUCUGGGACAGAAUCUAGGACAAAAUGUGGCAAAAGAUUAUGGAAAUGGAUAUGGUAUAGAUGCUUCUCGUGAUAGCGACCAGGAGCUCAAAAAUCUUUACAAUUGGAAAAAUUGGAAUCGACCAAAUGGUAGGACAAUGGGUAUUGCUGCCUGUAUUGCUUUUUGUUGUGGUGUUGCGGGUGCUGUUGUCGGGAUGAAUCAAGUAUAUUAUCGUGGUCCAUUGGCUGCCAAAAUUGGCGAGUAUGGUGGAGAUUUAGGAAUGUUUUUGGCUUUUGGAUUUACUGGUAUUACUUACCCAUGUGUGAGGUACCUUGAACUCAAGAGGUUUAAGAGAUAG